AUGCCGACAAUACGGCCCAUGUUCCGGCCCAUCACGUCCAUGGCGACAAUGUACAGGCACAGGAAGACGACAGGAGAUGGGCAGAGGUGGGCGGACAGAGGAGCAGAGGGGAGUGAGGAGCUCAAGCAUGCACAUGCUUGCUUCAUUCUCCCUCUCUUCCCCAUAUCCUUGCCUCUCUCUGCCUGUCCGUCCCACACACAGACAGGAGAUGGGCAGAGGUGCGCGGACAGAGGAGCAGAGGGGAGUGAGGAGCUCAAGCAUGCACAUGCUUGCUUCAUUCUCCCUCUCUUCCCCAUAUCCUUGCCUCUCUCUGCCUGUCCGUCCCACACACAGACAGGAGAUGGGCAGAGGUGGGCGGACAGAGGAGCAGAGGGGAGUGAGGAGCUCAAGCAUGCACAUGCUUGCUUCAUUCUCCCUCUCUUCCCCAUAUCCUUGCCUCUCUCUGCCUGUCCGUCCCACACACAGACCGGAGAUGGACAGAGGUGGGCGGACAGAGGAGCAGAGGGGAGUGAGGAGCUCAAGCAUGCACAUGCUUGCUUCAUUCUCCCUCUCUUCCCCAUAUCCUUGCCUCUCUCUGCCUGUCCGUCCCACACACAGACAGGAGAUGGGCAGAGGUGGGCGGACAGAGGAGCAGAGGGGAGUGAGAUGGGCAUAGGUGGGCGGACAGAGGAGCAGAGGGGAACCGGAGAUGGGCAGAGGUGGGCGGACAGAGGAGCAGAGGGGAGUGAGGAGCUCAAGCAUGCACAUGCUUGCUUUAUUCUCCCUCUCUUCCCCAUAUCCUUGCCUCUCUCUGCCUGUCCGUCCCACACACAGACCGGAGAUGGACAGAGGUGGGCGGACAGAGGAGCAGAGGGGAGUGAGGAGCUCAAGCAUGCACAUGCUUGCUUCAUUCUCCCUCUCUUCUCCAUAUCCUUGCCUCUCUCUGCCUGUCCGUCCCACACACAGACCGGAGAUGGGCAGAGGUGGGCGGACAGAGGAGCAGAGGGGAGUGAGGAGCUCAAGCAUGCACAUGCUUGCUUCAUUCUCCCUCUCUUCCCCAUAUCCUUGCCUCUCUCUGCCUGUCCAUCCCACACACAGACCGGAGAUGGACAGAGGUGGGCGGACAGAGGAGCAGAGGGGAGUGAGGAGCUCAAGCAUGCACAUGCUUGCUUCAUUCUCCCUCUCUUCCCCAUAUCCUUGCCUCUCUCUGCCUGUCCGUCCCACACACAGACAGGAGAUGGGCAGAGGUGGGCGGACAGAGGAGCAGAGGGGAGUGAGGAGCUCAAGCAUGCACCUGCUUGCUUCAUUCUCCCUCUCUUCCCCAUAUCCUUGCCUCUCUCUGCCUGUCCGUCCCACACACAGACCGGAGAUGGACAGAGGUGGGCGGACAGAGGAGCAGAGGGGAGUGAGGAGCUCAAGCAUGCACCUGCUUGCUUCAUUCUCCCUCUCUUCCCCAUAUCCUUGCCUCUCUCUGCCUGUCCGUCCCACACACAGACCGGAGAUGGACAGAGGUGGGCGGACAGAGGAGCAGAGGGGAGUGAGGAGCUCAAGCAUGCACAUGCUUGCUUCAUUCUCCCUCUCUUCCCCAUAUCCUUGCCUCUCUCUGCCUGUCCGUCCCACACACAGACCGGAGAUGGACAGAGGUGGGCGGACAGAGGAGCAGAGGGGAGUGAGGAGCUCAAGCAUGCACCUGCUUGCUUCAUUCUCCCUCUCUUCCCCAUAUCCUUGCCUCUCUCUGCCUGUCCGUCCCACACACAGACCGGAGAUGGACAGAGGUGGGCGGACAGAGGAGCAGAGGGGAGUGAGGAGCUCAAGCAUGCACAUGCUUGCUUCAUUCUCCCUCUCUUCCCCAUAUCCUUGCCUCUCUCUGCCUGUCCGUCCCACACACAGACCGGAGAUGGACAGAGGUGGGCGGACAGAGGAGAGGAGGGAUGUGAGGUGCACACCAAUGCUCCCGCAUGCUCUAACGUUGUUCACAUACCCGCCUCCCUCCGUAUUAUCUUAUGCUAUGUCCAUGUGUGA